AUGAUCUGCUUGCACUCUCUGUUCAUUCUGUCUCUUUGCGUCUGUGCAGCAUGGUCGGCACCAUCGCAGGUUCCCAUGGAGGUUCCAAGCCGGGUUGAACGAAAGCUUCAUGGCCGGUUUUUGCACAUCACCGACAUGCACCCAGACCCCCACUAUCGUCCGGGUGCCUCACAAUCGUCCGCGUGUCAUAGCAAGAAACCAAAAAAGGAGGAGGAACGUUCGGGCUAUUAUGGGACACCAUACAGCGAUUGCGAUUCGCCCUUUCGGCUAACAAACCUCACGCUCGACUUCUUGGAGAAGAACUGGGCAUCGGACAUCGAUUUCAUUUUAUGGACCGGAGACAACGCACGACAUGAUAAUGAUCGCAAGCUGCCGCGGACGCUCAACGAGAUCUAUGACCUGAACAGAGCAGUAGCCAGCAGGAUGGAAACUGCAUUUCUGAGCAAGGGAAUCCCAGUCGUUCCGAGUCUCGGAAACAACGACGUCUGGCGUGAGCUAUGGAAAGCCUUCGUCCCAUUCUCAUCCUACCAGGUGUUUCAGCGGGGGGCAUACUACUCUGUGGAAGUGAUUCCAAAUGCAGUGGCGGCGAUCAGUUUGAAUACAAUGUAUUUUUAUGAUUCCAACAAGGCUGUGGGCGGCUGUGAAUACAGCGAACGUGGCGAUCCUGGAAAUUUACAGUUCGAUUGGCUGGAGGUACAGCUUCAAUUAUUCAGAGAGCGAAGGAUGCAGGUCUGGAUAUCGGGCCAUGUUCCCCCGUCGCCUGGAAAUUACUUUCCUGAAUGCUAUGUGCGAUAUGUCGAACUAUCGCUGCGGUUUCAAGACACAAUUCUGGGUCAUAUAUUUGGGCACAUGAAUAACGAUCACUUUUUCUUCGUGGAAGCGGAUGAUUUGCAGUUCCCUCCCGAGGCUGGGGCUGAUGCCAAUGGAACGGAAGCAAUUGGUGGCCAGCUUGAGCCUUCUGCGCACGCGGAGCUCUACGAGACGUUGCUGAAGGACUUCAGCGAGCUGCCGCGAACGGCAAAGAAGGUCGACCUGGACAAUUACGCAGUGAUCAAUGUGUCGCCGUCGGUGGUACCUAAUCCUUACCUCCCUUCGUUCCGAAUCUACUCGUACAAUGUGUCGAACGCUGAAACAGCCACGUGGGGUGAGGUGGAGCUGAAGAAGACCAGGACCGAAAGGGGGGCGAAAAGAAAACACGGGCACCACCAUGGAGGUGGGAACCGAGAGGCGCUUUGCAAGAAAGCAGGGUAUCGGGACUCUUGGCGAUGCAAAUUGAGAGAGCCAUGGAAUUCAGACCCAGACUCGCCUAGUCGACGAAACACCUUGUGGACGCCACUGGGUUACGCACAGGUACGUGGGGUGUUGGAUCUACAAACGUGUUUGAGGGCGGGCUUGACGAGUCGAGAUAAUCAGUAUUACCUCGGGGAGGAAGAGAUCGUGAACAAGACGAGGAAGCCGAAGUUCAAGCUGGAGUACCUGACGUAUCGGGAGGACGCGCUGCAUCCGGCGAGGGAGAGGGACGAAGGGCGGUUCGACUACCCCGUGCCGGUGCGCCACCUGCCUCGGUCGCUGCGGGCGGGGGGGAAGGAGGGCAGGUCGAAGUACGCGCCGUAUCGGAUGAGGGACCUGACGAUAGGGACGUGGAUCGGACUUGGACAGAGGCUGGGGAGCGGUGGCGGGAGCGGGGGUGGGACGAAGCUGAGAAAGCGGUUUAGAGAGUACAUGUACAUGGGCAGGGUGCCUUAG